AUGGACAAAUUCGGGAAGAAGAUCGCGUCGCCAGCAUACAAGCCCCCGUUCCCACCGACUUCUUCCUUGAUUGCUCGGAAGGACCUAGACAUCCCUGCGGCCUUCAACGAUCUAUCUCCCCUAGUGAGUGAACUGCAGCCACUGAGAUUGGAGCAUAGAAAUGAGGUGCACAGAUUUCUCUGUGCUUUUUUCGAUCUUUCUCGAUUCAAUGCCAUACGCAAGAUGCUGUGGCUAAUCGCCGUCCAUGGAGCUCCACGCUCCUUGUACUACCAGAAGUUCCUGCGCCGCGAAAUUGUAAUCGCAGAAGAACUGGAUCUUCACCUCGUUUGGGCGAAAUCGAGAAUAUUUAUCAAACCACUCCCGGACUUUCUGCUCAAUUACGAUUUCUGGGAGGCCUAUAUAUCCUGCGAACCUCAAUUACACCGAGCAGCGUGCGGGCUUCUGUACUCUUAUUGUGGCCUCAUUCGCUUUGGUCAUGAUUUACAGGUGGCACAAGAAUGUCGUCUGAUCAAUGUGAACUUCGACUACCGAGCUUGGACGGAAUUUGCCCGUACAAUACUACCAAAUCUCAACCCUAAGGACUCUAAUAUCAUGGACACACGAUUCCAAUAUGGCGAGUUGCGUUUAAACCGGCUCGACACUAUUUACCGAUAUUCGCCUUAUAAGUUUUCGAUAUCUAGCAUCCUUCAAGGCUUCCCCUAUGCCUUGACUGAAAGCUAUGUGCCUUAUAUGGACCAGUAUAAUAACGCAGUGUCAGCGUUUGGUGUUAUUGUUAUUAUUCUGUCGGCUUUCAAUCUAUCAUUGUCAGCACACUCUAAAAGUCCAGAUCUUGAUCUUCAACGAGCAGCAUACGGAUUCGCGCUAUUCGCCAUGAUUUUAUGCGCCGCGCUUAUUGGGCUGUUCAUUGUGUUACCCUUGAUUGCCUUACUUGCGACAAUCUAUGGCUCCAUUCUCACACGGAAACGACUUGCCAAAAUACAGGAGGACGAGGAGCUACCACGCUCAGCUUAG